CCCGCCGUCUCUGGCGGUCGGUGGGUGCGGUUGCCCCUAGUUUGAGGCCUGCUCGAUUACUGGCAAGACUUGGGCAAGCCCCGGGGGCCGCUCCGACCACAAGAGGGAAAGGUAAAGCGAACUGUGUUCCUCGGGGCUCGCCAGGCUGCCCUGCAAGGGGGAAGGAAUUGACCAACACUGUUUGGAUGAAUUUGACCAUUUCUUAGGAGACUCGAAUGUUAAGUUUCUAUAAAUGAAUGAACCAGUUCUCUGUUGUUUGGAGCAAUGCUGAAAUUCCAAGAGGCAGCUAAGUGUGUGAGUGGAUCAACAGCCAUUUCCACUUAUCCAAAGACCUUGAUUGCAAGAAGAUAUGUGCUUCAACAGAAACUUGGCAGUGGAAGUUUUGGAACUGUCUAUCUGGUUUCAGACAAGAAAGCCAAACGAGGAGAGGAAUUAAAGGUACUUAAGGAAAUAUCUGUUGGAGAACUAAAUCCAAAUGAAACUGUGCAGGCCAAUUUGGAAGCCCAGCUCCUCUCCAAGCUGGACCACCCAGCCAUUGUCAAGUUCCAUGCAAGUUUUGUGGAGCAAGAUAAUUUCUGCAUUAUCACGGAGUACUGUGAGGGCCGAGAUCUGGACUAUAAAAUUCAGGAAUAUAAAGAAGCUGGAAAAAUCUUUCCAGAUAACCAAAUAAUAGAAUGGUUUAUCCAACUGCUGCUGGGAGUUGACUACAUGCAUGAGAGGAGGAUACUUCAUCGAGACUUAAAGUCAAAGAAUAUAUUUCUGAAAAAUAAUCUACUUAAAAUUGGAGAUUUUGGAGUUUCUCGACUCCUAAUGGGAUCCUGUGACCUGGCUACAACGUUAACUGGAACUCCCCAUUAUAUGAGUCCUGAGGCUUUGAAACACCAAGGCUAUGACACAAAGUCGGACAUCUGGUCACUGGCAUGCAUUUUAUAUGAGAUGUGCUGCAUGAAUCAUGCAUUCGCUGGCUCCAAUUUCUUAUCCAUUGUUUUAAAAAUUGUUGAAGGUGACACACCUUCUCUCCCUGAGAGAUAUCCAAAAGAACUAAAUGCCAUCAUGGAAAGCAUGUUGAACAAGAAUCCUUCAUUAAGACCAUCUGCUAUCGAAAUUUUAAAGAUCCCUUACAUUGAUGAGCAGCUACAGCACCUAAUGUGUAGACAUGCAGAAAUGACUCUGGAAGACAAGAAUUUGGAUUGUCAGAAGGAGGCUGCUCGUUUAAUUAAUGCCAUGCAAAAAAGGAUCCACCUGCAGACUCUGAGGGCACUGUCAGAAGUACAGAAAAUGACUCCAAGAGAAAGGAUGAGGCUGAGAAAGCUCCAGGCAGCUGAUGAGAAAGCCAGGAAGCUGAAAAAGAUUGUGGAAGAAAAAUAUGAAGAAAAUAGCAAACGAAUGCAAGAAUUGAGAUCUCGGAACUUUCAGCAGCUGAGUGUUGAUGUACUCCAUGAAAAAACACAUUUAAUAGGAAUGGAAGAAAAGGAGGAGCAACCUGAGGGAAGACCUUCUUGUUCACCCCAGGACGAGGAUGAAGAGAGGUGGCAAGACAGGGAAGAGGAAUUUGAUGAACCGACUUUAGAGAACCUGUCUGAACCUCAGCCUAUUCCUUCCAUGGACCUCCGCAAACUUGAAUCAAUUGUAGAGGAUGCCACAUCUGACCUUGGAUAUCAUGAGAUCCCAGAAGACCCACUUGUGGCUGAAGAAUACUAUGCUGAUGCAUUUGAUUCCUAUUGUGAAGAGAGUGAUGAGGAGGAAGAAGAAAUAGUGUUAGCAGGACCAGAGAAAGAAAUCAAGAAUGAGGGAUCCCAGCCUACUUACAGAACAAACCAACAGGACAGCGAUAUUGAAGCGUUGGCCAGGUGUUUGGAAAAUGUCCUGGGUUGCACUUCUCUAGACACAAAGACCAUUCCCAGCAUGGCUGCAGACGUGUCCCCAGGACCAACAAUUUUCAACAGUGUGAUGGCCAGGACCAAGAUGAAACGCAUGAGGGAAUCAGCCAUGCAGAAGCUGGGGACAGAAGUAUUUGAAGAGGUCUAUAAUUACCUCAAGAGAGCAAGGCAUCAGAAUGCUAGCGAAGCAGAGAUCCGGGAGCGUUUGGAAAAAGUGGUGCCUCGAGCCAGCGACUGUUUUGAAGUGGACCAGCUCCUGUACUUUGAAGAGCAGUUGCUGAUCACGAUGGGAAAAUAACCUACUCUCCAGAACCAUCUCUAGGCAACAGUCAAAAAGAAGCAGGAGUUCAAGUGGACAAAUGUAUGUGAAAAUUCAUUUAACAUAGAAGCUGAACUCUAUUAUGGGGAAUGGAUACAAAAGCAGAGCUCUCAUAUUGACUUUCAAUUCCUCGUCAGAAGUACUGGCUUCUUUAGAGAGCGGUGAGCAUGGCUGCCUGUGCUUGGAGUCAUAAGUGUUAUUUGGACUAUACCCUGAGAUAAGCUUGUAGAUCAAGUUUGGCUCUCUUGUAAAGCAUUUCUCUCAUGUGCGCCCUCAGGGCUUCCAGCAGAAUUGAGUCACCCUGACAAUGACCUGGGAGAAGCCAUGUGCUCUUCAUCAUUUUCAGCUGGAGGACAGAGCUCAGUGCCUGACUGCCUAGGGUCUCGUGGACUGUGGGCAGCCAGCCAGUGAAAGUCACUGGACCCUAGCCUACAACAUGCUGAGCUGCAGCCCAGAAGCCAGACAUACCUGUCUUAGCUGACGUGUUUUUGGUCCACUUUUGCCCUUCCAUGACUAACAAGGAAGAAAUGUAUGUAUUUCAUACACACACAAGGACCUGGAUUAAAAAUCCAAAGAGUGAUUCUCUUCUAUGAUUUAUUUCAAACUCAUCCAUAGAUAAUUCAAGAUUUGUAUUCAAAAUAAACAUAGUUUUCACAGUUACAAAAUAAAUCACCUAUUUUAUCUUUU